GCUGUUCAGAUGUACUACCACCACUCCGAAUCUUGGGGAUACUAUACGGCGGCAGCGGCAGCGGCAGCGGCGGCGAGAGUCAUGGCGGAUCCGCUGGAGCGAGUGGCGAGGCUGGCGUCGGAGAAUGCGGUGGUGAUCUUCAGCCUCAGCUCCUGCUGCAUGUGCCAUGCCGUGAAGAGGCUCUUCUGCGGAAUGGGCGUAAACCCGACUGUGUACGAGCUGGACCAGGACCCCAGAGGGAAGGAGAUUGAGCGGGCGUUGAUGAGGCUGCUGGGGAACUCUCCGGCGGUGCCGGUGGUGUUCAUAGGGGGGAAGCUCGUGGGGUCAAUGGACAGUGUCAUGGCUUCACAUAUCAAUGGGACUCUGGUCCCUCUCCUCAAGGAAGCCGGAGCUCUCUGGCUCUGAUCUUAAAGGUUUGAUGAUACUGAUCAUGAUCAGGAAAGAAGAGGAGUAGUGAGGUAGCUAGCUACCUCCAUUUUUGUUUCUCUUUCCUUGACUUUCUUUUCCUCUCUGUUUCAAUGUAAUUCUGUGGUAUUAAUUAUGAAAUCAAAGCCACCAUCUCUGUAUAGACCCAAGAAAUUUUAAAAAAUGAAACAGAAAAGAAAGUGGUGAGUGUUCUUUUC